GGACGGAAGAGUUCUCCGUCGGACCGCUGGCGCGAAAUCUCACAUGAAUGUCAACAAAAACAGAGAAAACUCCUCAAAGUAUUAAAAUAUUACGUUUACUGGCGCAAAAUGAAGUUUCGAGCUAAAAUCAUCGAUGUUGGAUGUUUAAAUCACUUCACACGUGUGGUGAACACUGUGUCCAAACUCAGCAAGGCGUGUGUGUUGAGACUCACCUGUGAUCACCUGUUCUUCGUGCUGUCGGGUAAAGUGGCUUCCGGAGGAGUCAGUAUGUGGUGUGAGCUUGCACAGGUGAACUUCUUCGAUGAGUUCCAGCUGGAGGGAGUGUCGGCCGACGCUAACGAGAUCUUCCUGGAACUGGCGCCGGAGAAUCUGUCCCGGGCCUUAAAGACGGCUCAGAACGCCCGAUCCGUGAAGAUCAAACUGACCAAGAAGAACUGCCCGUGUCUCACGCUGGCGGCGGAGCUGCCCUCUCUCUCCGGGGUCAGUCGUGUGGUCACUCAUGAUAUCCCGGUGGAUGUGAUUCCCAGGAGACUCUGGCACGACUUCCGGGAGCCGCAGAUGCCGGACUACGACGUCAGCAUAUACCUGCCGCCGCUGAAGACCAUGAGGAGCGUCGUCGACCGCAUGAAGAACCUCUCCAACUAUCUGCGCUGUAUAGAUGAACGAGACGUGACUGUGUUUCAGGUGAUGGAGGCGAAUAUGAACGGGGAAAUGAAUCUCAAGAUUGAAACGGACCUGGUUUCUGUCACAACACACUUCAAAGAGCUGGGGAACCCACCCUGGGGUGAGGACGGGUCUCAGAGCACCAGUGCAAGUCACAGAGACUCAGAGGUCAUGGCUCAGACACGCCUGGACAUCCGGAAACUGCAGCAGUUCCUGACGGGACAACAGGUCAAUCCCAGCAAAGCCAUGUGCAAUAUAGUUCACAAUAGGAUCCUUCACCUGAUCUUCCUGCAUGAGGAUGUUUCUCUUCAGUACUUCAUCCCAGCUGUGGUGUGACUGACUGUGGUG